AACAAGUACUAGAGUACCACCAUCAUCAUCUAAAUCAAUACCAUUUCUCAGAUCCCAGAAACCAGAGCAUUGUUAUAUUAGUUUCACUACCAAGAAUCACAUAAUAUGGGUCUCCUUAGGUUCAAUGCCACCUUCAUUCCCCUUUGUGUUUCUUCUCCUUCCUCUCUUGCUCAGACUUCAGAUAAUGCAACGUGUGGCUCUCCUGCAUGGAUUGGUAAAGGACUCACUUGUGUUUGCUUCAAGCGAAAGGGAAACUGUCAACGAUUCUGCAUCAGUUUGACCCCCUUACAGGAGGAAAGGCUAAAAAGACUACAGCGCAGAAUGAAAGUUUACUUUGAUGGUUCCAGGCUUGAUCACCAGGAAGCGUUGAGAGCUCUGUGGUCUGCUUCAUUCCCUGGACAGGAGCUUCAAAGCUUGAUUUCUGAUCAAUGGAAAGAAAUGGGAUGGCAGGGUAGAGAUCCGUCCACUGAUUUCAGAGGAGCUGGUUUCAUUUCAUUGGAGAACCUACUUUUCUUUGCAAAGACAUUCUCAACUUCUUUUCAGCGCCUAUUGAAGGGGCAAGGAGGAAAAGAAGCUGUUUGGGAGUAUCCCUUUGCUGUUGCUGGCGUUAAUAUCACAUUUAUGAUUAUGCAAAUGCUGGACCUUGAUGCCACCAAACCAAGGACUUUUGUAAGAGCAGUUUUUCUACAAAUGCUUUCAGAGAAUGAAUGGGCAUUUGAUCUGCUUUAUUGCGUGGCAUUCGUUGUCAUGGACAAACAAUGGCAGGAGAAAAAUGCUACAUACAUGGAAUUUAAUGAUGUACUGAAAUCCACGCGAGUUCAGCUAGAGAGAGAGUUGCUGAUGGAUGAUGUUCUGCGGAUUGAAGACAUGCCUUCUUACAAUCUUCUUUGUUGACAAGUGACUCAAUUGGUUAUUCUCUUUCACCGAAGCACAGUUUGUGUACAUGCAUCCCUGUUCACGUUCUCUUUAUGAAUCCCUUCCCUUUAAUCUGUGACCAUUAACUCGUAAUUUAUUCUCGUCAUUCCUCACACGAUAGCUCUAAAUCAAAAUGAACACUACUUCUUGACUAAUGAGUAAUGAGAAGUGCUGAAGAAUUUUGCACAUUUCGGGAAA